UAAGCUGGGGAGGAUCGUUCCUGUGUUGUUGAAUCCAUUACAUGUUCAAUGCAUUGUAAUGAUUCUGGAACACAGGCCAAACCUGCAUAUUGCAGGUUUGAAUGAAUUCAUCUUUGGGUUAUCAAGUUCACGACCUGAUAUACCCAAGCACCUGAGAGCCUGCAGCCUUUUGCGCAGAUUCUCUCAACAAUGUGGUGCGAAGAUGCCCUCAAGCUUGGGAGGAACUACUUUAAGGAAGCAUGUUGCUCAGUUGGGUAUUCUGCUAAACCUCAAUGAAGAGAACAUUCCAGACCUUGCUAAUUUUAUGGGUCACUGAAAAGAUAUUCAUAAGGAAAUAUAUAGGCAGCCUAUUAUUAGUCGAGAAAUUGUGAAAAUAUCGCAACUUCUGGAAGCUGCUCAAAGGGGGGAUGUCGCGAAGGAAGUUUCUGGAGGCUACACACCUGACUCCGACUCAUCUGAUUCCUAGUCGGAUUUCGACGAAAUUUCGGUUGAAAAUGAGCAAAGUUCUCAACAAAUUGAGGUUCCAAGUUGCGAACAAGGUACGGAGAGCUUCAGUGUUACAGAGGAAGCCCAAUCAAACGCAGUUUCAUGUCCUCCACAAAAAAAACAAUAAGAAAAAUAAAAGAAAACGUUCUUCAUCACCCAAUGAAAAACCAAUCAAGCGGAUCGCGUGGAGUAAAGAAGAGAUUGAAAAGGUCCAGGAAUUGUACCAGGAUCAUCUGCUUAGAGGGACGUUUAUUAUGCGGAACAAAUAAAAAAGGACAUCACCAAUUAUCCUGUUCUAAGCAGAAGGUCUCAUUUGAAAAUAAAAACUUGGUUGAGCAAUGAGAAGAAAAAAAA